CCUGACUGUGACGGGAGGCGGCGGUUGGUCCUCUCUGUAACGGCGGCGGCGCCUGCUCCAGACACCUGCGGCGGCGGCGACCCCGCGGCGGGGGCGGAGAUGUGGCCCCUGGUGGUGUUGCUGCUGCUGGGCUCGGCGCGCUGCGUGCUUUUUUUGAGAGAAACACCAAGGAACUACUUAGAUGAAAGAGUUGAUAAAUGGCUGAAGAAUAUGGAAGACAACUACAAUUUCUCCACAUUUUUACACAUUCUAGAUGAAAGGUUCAGCUCAGCUAAUAUUCAAUACAACCAAAUCUGUAGAAUACACCGUUUGCAAUCAAACUGUUGUCAUCCCAUGUUUUGUUAAUAACAUGGAGGCGAAGAGCAUCGCUGAAUUGUAUGUCAGGUGGAAAUUUAAAGGAAAUGACAUUUUCAUCUUUAAUGGAGUUCAGCAAAGGUCCAAUUCCAGCGAUAUCUUUACUAGUGCAAAAAUCUCACCAUCAGAAUUACUAAAUGGCAUUGCCUCUUUGACGAUGGAUAAACGUGAAGCCGUCUUAGGAAACUACACUUGUGAAGUAACAGAAUUAAGCAGAGAAGGCGAAACCAUCGUAGAACUAAAAUAUCGUGUUGUUUCAUGGUUUUCUCCAAAUGAAAAUAUCCUCACUGUUAUUUUCCCAAUUUUGGCUAUACUUCUAUUCUGGGGACAGUUUGGUGUUGUGACGCUUAAAUAUAAAUCCAGUUAUACGAAGGAGAAAACCAUUUUUCUAUUAGUUACUGGACUAGUGCUCACUAUCGUUGUCAUUGUUGGAGCCAUUCUUUUCAUCUCAGGUGAAUAUUCAACAAAGAAUGCUUGUGGACUUGGUUUAAUUGUAAUUCCUACAGCAAUAUUAAUACUACUUCAGUACUGUGUGUUUAUGAUAGCUGUGGGGAUGUCCUUCUUCACCAUUGCCAUAUUGAUCCUUCAAGUACUGGGCCACGUGCUCUCUGUGGUUGGAUUCAGCCUCUGUGUCUCAGAGUGUACCCCAGUACAUGGUCCUCUUCUGAUUUCAGGUUUGGGUAUUUUAGCUCUAGCAGAAUUACUUGGAUUAGUUUAUAUGAAAUGUGUUGCUUCCAAUCACAAGACUAUACAACCUCCUAGGAAAGCUGUAGAGGAACCCCUUAAUGCAUUUAAAGAAUCAAAAGGAAUGAUGAAUGAUGAGUAACUGAAGUAAAGUGAUGGACUCUGAUUUGGAGAGUAGUACGACAUGAAAGAAGUACACUUGUGUUUAAGCACCGUGGCCUUGAUUCAUUGUUUUGGAGAAGAAAACAAGAAAAGUAACUGGUUUCCAUCUAUGGGAAAAAGUAAAUAAUUGACCUUUCAAUGAUUGUUACAGUUAAGUUUUUAUUCAAAGCAUUUUUAAUUUAGUUAAUAAAAGAAUUAUGAUCUGUGUUGUGUGCCCAAUUGAUAUCCAGUUUUCUGUUGUUAUUUUUAUUCAAUUAGGGGCAAAGUAGAGUGGGCAACUUACAAGAAUGAUGCCUUUCAGAUCCUGGGGCCUCUUGACUCUAGGUCACCAGUUUAAAUUGGUUCAAGGUGAAAAUUUCCUGACACUAACCUGGUUACCCAGAGCUAUCUAUGAAAACUGUGGCUUCUGUCAAGCCUUAGAAAACUCAGGUUCACAGCCACUGUGGCAAUUAUGGUGUUAGCUGAAUAAUGUGUCUGCCACUUCCAGGUCAAGGGAAUAACAUUAAGCACAGACAGGAAUUCAGUUGGGAACAUCCGUGGGAUGUGAUACUGAUGAGGAUCAUGGUCUUCAUUCUUGGGGGUUGCCACUCACACAUUGUUCCUUCGACAUACAGUGUACCAGACCCUUUCCAGAUUGAGGGUAAUUUUACUGAUGGAUGUUUUCUUCUUUUCUUCACACAACCCUUUACAUCCUGUCUUGUCCUUCUGUUAUUUGCUUCUGCUGCUGUAUGAGAUGUAGCACUUUUUCUCCUCUUUGAACAUGGUCCAGUGACACAGUAGCAUCACUGCAGAAAGGAGCCAGACUUAUUCUCAGAGAACUAUGUUCACACUUUUCAGCAGAAAUAGCGAUGGUUGUAACAUACGUAUUCCCUUCCUCGGAUUUGAAGGCACAAUCUACAGUGUUUCUUUGCUUCUUUUCUGAUCUGGGGCAUGAAAAACCAAGAUUGAGAUUUGAACUAUGAGUCUUCUGCAUGGCAACAUAAUGUGUGUCACCGUCAGGCCAACAGGCCAACCCUGAAUGGGUGAUUUUAUUACUGUUGUAUCUGUGUUGCAUGAUAAACACCCCUCAUCUUCCUCCUGUAGUCCUGCCUCAUAUUCACCUUACUCUAAGAUUGAAAAGUAAAACAAAACCCACGUUUCCUACCCCCAUUAGAAGAAAAUUAACAUUCUGACAGUUGUGAUCGCCUGGAGUACUUUUAGAUUAUUAGAUUUUCUUCCCUUGUGGGUGUGUGUGUGUAUGCGCUCAUGUAUAAGAUAGGCACAUGUAUCUUCUGUAUGGACAACAGUGGGGUACCUACAGGAGAGCAAAUGUUAAUUUCAUGCUUUUAGUGAAAACAUUUAAAAACAAAGAUCUUUAUUGGGUGGACUUAUAUUUGAUGUGAAUAUUUUAUCACUUAAAACGUUUAAAAAUUCUAGGUAAUUUGCCAAGCUUUUUGACUGCUCACCAAUGCCCUCUAAAAAUACUAGUUAUUCUUCCUGUUUGUGUAAUAAGACAUUCAUAUUUGUAGUUGCAUUAUCAAUAGUUAUCUCUUAGUCCACUGAAUGUUCCCACGUGCCUCUUUUAUGCCAAAUCCUUGUCAUAUUUUACGUUGGGACCAAGUGGUUUGCCCGUGGCAAACCAAAAUUUAUAACCUGCUGAUGCCUCAGAAAAGUGAACACACUAUGAAGACAGCUCUUCUUAAAGAAAAAAAAAAAGUUCUUCCCUAAUUGUGUUCCUGUCCAAAAUAUUCUCAUAUGUAGAGGGAGCUGUAUUCCUUUAUACAAAUUUGUUGGCUCCCUCUGCUCUCUUUCCUUCUGAAAAUAUUUAUAUUUCACUAAUAUUGUUUGUUCCUUUAGAAAUCAAUUUUGAUGAAAGGAGGGCAGAAGCAGUUGGACUUGAAAAAGAUCCAAAUUCCUAUUCUCUAUUAAGAAAAAGUCAGGUCUGAAAUCUUUAUAGUAAACUUUUUUAUGAACCAAAGUUGAACCUUUAAUAUGUAGUCAGCUCUCAUUGAUUUGGGGUUCAGUCUUGGAACUUAUCCAUCCUUUGUGUUCUCUUUAACACUGCCUGUCUUUUGAGGCAUUCACUGCCCUAGACAACACACAGAGGUAGCAGGAGAAACGCCAGAUGAAGUCCACCCUUGCUGUUCCUCGUCAGCUUCUCUGGAAAAGGGACCCACAGCAGCAGGAACCCUCUUACUUGGGCAUCGUUGGGCCAGUUCAUUCUCUUUAAAUUAGACUUAUAAUGGCAGGAAGUUUUCUGUCACACCAAAUUAAAGUUGCUAACAAUGUUUUGAACAUCAUACAUCUGUUCCCCCCAUAAUCUGCUUUUUCACUUAGUGAUCCCAAUUUUUCCAUCGACUCUUCCAUCCAGUUUCAUUUACUGUAUGUUCUCAGCGUGACACCAUUUGCCAUUUUGGCAACAAACCUUUCCAACCUUUUCGGCCAAAUCAAAUUUCUUUCUCCUUCAAAACAUCCUCCCUCCCUUCCUCCCUGACUGGCUCUCCUUUGCGAUCUGUGCCUAUCUGUCCAGCUGCCUCUUUCAUCUCUUACUUACCUUUCCUAGUACUUCACGUGUCUCUGCCUAACGUUGUUGGGGUUUUGUCUUGCCUCUUGUUCAAUUAAAAAAUUCCUCCGUACAUAGCAAGAGGCUUUUUUUUUCCCUUCCUUUCUCUUCCUGCAGUGUUUUACAUAUAUUAGACGCUCAUUCCGUAAGUUUGAUGACUGAGAGCAGGCUGUAUUUAGACUUCCCCGUGUUUGUAAGAGGGUGAGCUAGAGAGUUUUCUUUUUAGACAAAUUUCACAUGCUCUGAAAACCUUCAAAGGUGAUGAUUUUUUUCACCUGGAAACCCCAGGUCCAAUCUGUUAAAAUAUCUGAGAAUGUCAGAAUGAAAAUAAUGGGGCUAUCCCAUAGUUGGGAGUAUUGCUCUUUUCAAGAUGCUGUAGUCAGUUUAGUAAGUGACCAACCAAAUUGUGGUUUGAGUUAUAAUAAAGCUUAAAAAGUGGUGAGUUUAUUCCUCCUUCUCAUUAAUACGAAUUAAGCUCUAUAUCACCUAGAUUUCUCUUGUCCUAACAUGGGUAUUCAAAAACGACAUCUGUGGUGUAUGCGUGGAAUGGCAUACCCCUUUAUUUACCCGUUGGUGGAAACUAGAGAAAUGAUUGUUGGGCAACCCUUUAUCUUUUCAUUGUGUGUCGUUUGAUGGAGCGUUUGUUUAAAAACAUUAGUUUUACAUGUGUCAUAUUUUCAAAAUCACUGACUGCCAUCACCCACUGGGGUCCUUUGUUAAGUCAUUUUCUGUGGCUAAUAAGGAGAAUCCAGGUAACUUUUAAGAGAUGUGCAGCGAACAGGAAGUUUUCCUGUCUUUGGCUUUUGACAGCUCUUAACGUUUAAGACCAGCUUUUCCAUAAAUUUAGCCUUUUGUAAAAAAAAGAGAGCAUUCGUAAUAAACUUCUCUGUAAGGCAACAUCAGUGGAAUCUUAAAAGUGUUGUUGUCAGCAUUGGUGAGAGAGGGAAGCAUUUUUGUUUCUAUUAAACGGAGCAUUAUUUACAAAAAGCCAUUGCUGAGAAUUAGAUCCCACACCAUAGAAAUAUCCAUUAACCAUUCUAAAGAAAACUCCAGCGUUGCUAUGUGCAAGAUCCUCUCUUGGGGGCUUUCUUCCAUAGCAAUGAAAGGUGUGCUAUUUGUCAGCCAUGUUUUGCAGUGAUUUAAAGACCAAAGUUGUUUUACAGCUGUGUUACCGUUAAAGGUUUUUUUUAUAUGUAUUAAAUCAAUUUAUCACUGUUUGAAGCUUUGAAUAUCUGCAAUCUUUGCCAAGAUACUUUUUUAUUUAAAAAACAUAACUUUGUAAAUAUUACCCUGUAAUAUUAUAUAUAGUUAAUAAAACAUUUUAAGCUA